UUGCUUGCCAACCGCCAUUUAACAGAAGAGGAAGGAAGAGGAAAGAGGAGACGUGAGCAGGACGCUAAUAAGUCAGUCUUACUAUUUUUUCUCCAGUUUUGAAUAUUUACGUCGAAUACAAUACACUUGAUUUUUUUAUUUAAAGAUAUAUUCGUCUCGAAGCGCCAGAAGCACUGUGCCGCUUCUCGUGCUAUCUUUGCUUGUUAAUUAGCUUAGCUCGCUCGUUAGCUUAGCUUGUUAGCUGCUAACAGAAGACACAAAAGUUAUCAACACAUCGCUAAGUAGAGAUCAAGUGUGAGAGUAAAGUGUUGUGAUUGUGUGAAAAUGUCUACAUUACAAAUGUUGAGAGCGUUGGUGGAUCAGCGACUAACUGCUGCCGUUGAAGAAAUAUUUGUAGUGUUAGAAAGAACGAUAGCAGAAUACGAGGCGGAACUUUCUCGAACAAAGGAGGAAAACAAUCAACUACUGGACGCUAUUUUUAAGAAACAUCAAGUUGUGUCACAGAGACAAGACGUCCAGCAGCCCCCCCAUAUUAAAGAGGAAGAGGAGGAUCCACAGCCCCCCCACAUUGAAGAGGAAGAGGAGGAAGAGUGUCUUCUAGGACAGGAGGAGGCUGAUCUCAGCAAGUUUCCACUGACUGUUGUCUCUGUGAAGACUGAAGAGCAUGAAGACAAACCACCUGAGUCCUCACAGCUUCAUCACAGUCCAAACGUCCAGCAGGUGUCAGCAGGGAGUCAUGAAGAGAUUUCCUCCAAGCAGCAGGAGUGGAGCUCCAGUGUGGGACAGGAGCUACAGGCCCCCUCCCACAUUAAAGAGGAAGAGGAGGAACUGUGGGAGCAGCUUCAAAGGUUGGAGGAGGCUAAUGAUGAAGAUGAAGCUCAUUCCUUACAGCUUCAUCACAGUCAAAGUGAGGAGAACAGAGGGGCGGAGCUUGUAAGUCAACACAUCACAGAAGCUGAUGGAGAGCAUUGUGAAGAUAUAAAGUCAGAACCAGACAGCAUCUUUGCUCCACUGUCAGACAUGGACCACAUGAUGUCAGACUCUUCUGAUCACAGUGACCACAUCCAAAAACCUUUGGAGAGUAAAAAUGACUCUAAAGGUGAUACGAAACAUCACACUAAAAACAAACACUUUGACUGCUCCGAAUGUGGAAAAUCAUUUAGACAGAAGAGUCAUUUUACAGAACACAUGAGAAUACAUACUGGAGAAAAACCUUUUACUUGCUCUGUUUGUAAGAAGAGUUUCUCCAGAAAGCCUGACAUGACCAAACACAUGAGAACACAUACUGGAGAGAAACCUUUUACUUGCUUUGUUUGUAAGAAGAGUUUCUCCAGGAAGCUUGACAUGACCACACACAUGAGAACACACACUGGAGAGAAACAUUUUCCUUGCUCUGUUUGUAAGAAGAGUUUCUCCACAAAGCUUGUAAUGACCAGACACAUGAGAACACAUACUGGAGAGAAACCUUUUACUUGCUCUGUUUGUAUGAAGAGUUUCUCCAGGAAGGUUGACAUGACCACACACAUGAGAACACAUACUGGAGAGAAACCUUUUACUUGCUCUGUUUGUGAGAAGCGUUUCUCCACAAGGCAACAUAUGACCAGACACAUGAGAACACACACUGGAGAGAAACCUUUUUCUUGCUCUGUUUGUAAGAAGAGUUUCUCCAGAAAGCCUGACAUGUUCACGCACAUGAGAACACACACUGGAGAGAAACCUUUUACUUGCUCUGUUUGCAUGAAAAGUUUCUCCAGAAAGCCUGACAUGUCCACGCACAUGAGAACACACACGGGAGAGAAACCAUUUUGUUGCACUGUGUGUGAUAAGAUGUUCCGGUAUAAUUAUCAGGUCAGUAAACACAAGUGUGUAACAGUCAUGGAAGCUGCAGGGAUUUAGAAACACCUAAACAGUGUUUGUGCAAAAUGUAGUUUAAAAACACAGCAUGUUUAAUAUGAAUGUAUAUUUGAUGUAUGUGUGCUUCUCAUGUUCUACUGUUAUAUGUUGUCCUGGAAUUACUUUUUAAGUCGUGUGAAUGAAUUGAAUAUUUUAUAUGCAGCUACUAUUUUUUUUGUCGUCUCAUCUUUGAAGAGGACAUGUUAAUAUUUUCAUUUGUUUUUGUGUCUUAUAAAAUCGAAAAAGUUUUCCAUUGCAUUUCAUUGAUGUUAUUAUCCAAGUAUGAAUGAAUAAAAUAUUUAACAAAACGUGGACUAGCAGCAUUGUUACAUCAUGGAUGUUAACUACUGCUAAACAUCAAAAAUGAAGAAAAAAUCUGAAGUUAGCAACAUAUCACUGAACUUUAGAGCUAUCGCGAGUGGAGUUGGUUGUUUGUUUUAUUCAUCAAUAAAUACAAUUGGAAAGUAGAAAAAAGUACUUUAUAGUUGCAAUGCAUACUGAGAUGACAUAUGUGCCAUUUUGUGUUUUACACCCCAGCAUCUAUUCAAGCAGCAAGCAGCAGCACAUUUACUGCUGAGAGACAGACUCAGCUGCACACAUUUUAUUUAGAAAAGAGUAAGGUUGGAAACUUAUCUUGUUGCCUUAUUUGUGUUUAAUCUUAGUAAAUGUUGGGGAAGAUUUUCAUUGAACGAAACAGAUUUUUAGUAUUUUAUUUUGACAGUAAAGCAGAUAAUUUAUUCUUAUGUUUGAGCGUGACUUCCUGUCCCACAGAAGCAGAUCUGAGCUACAUUGACCUGCCGCAUUGUGCCGUCUGGCAAAUAUAGAAGCUCUGCUUAUAUUUAGCGCAGGGUUGUGGUACGGCACCGACAAAGGGUUCGGCAGCAGUGGAAAUCGACACAUUGACUUGAAUUGAAAUUGAAAAAGUCCUCGCCACAUCCAGUGCAUAUCCGGAGUAUCGGUAGGCGCAUUUGUAUAUUUGCACACACUGUUUAGCUGUGACAAUCCCAUUCAAGAGCAGACAAACAUUUAAAGACAGAACAGGAUCGCUAACGGGUCUGCCAACUUCCGGCGCUCCUUACAAAAAAGGGAAGAAACAGGUAAACGCUAGGGAGAGAGGUGAGUAAAAUCAUACUUGCCAACCCUCCCGGAUUUUCCGGGAGACUCCCGAAAUUCAGCGCCUCUCCCGAAAACCCCCCUGGACAAAUUUUCUCCCGAAAAUCUCCCGAAAUUCAGGCGGAGCUGGAGCCCACGCCCCCUCUAACUCCAUGAGGACCUGAGUGACGUGUCUGAGAGCGUGUCUGCCCAAUGACGUCAUAACUGUAGAAUGAUCGAGGGCGAGUUCUUGGUUUCUUAUGUGGGUUUAUUGUUAGGCAGUUUCAUUAACGUCCUCCCAGCGCAGUAACAACACACAACAACAGCAGUCACGUGUGCAUCUCCCGUAAGGCAGUUCGUCUGCCGUAAACAGCAUGUGACACUCUUAAAUAGGAUAAUACUGCCAUCUACUGUACAUGCACCACAACACCUCCAGGCAAAUUCUACCCUUUACUAAUCCUCCUACAUUUACAUCCCAUCUCCCCAGAUUGUAAAUAACCUAAUGUAAAUAAUCGAAUGUAUUUCUAAUGUAUAUACUUGUUCUUAUGCUAUCCGAACUCACUAUGCUCUCUGCUGGCUGUACAUAUCCUACUAAGUAAGACUACACUGUUUCAAUAUCCAUUUCUCUGUUGAUGCAAUUGUUGAUGACUGAAGUACUGAUAUCAAUCAAAGCUCCUCAUCCCACCCCCCGGAUUGUAAAUUAUUCAAUGUAUGUACUAUGAUGAUUAACUUGUGUGAUGACUGUAUUAUGCUGACAUUAUAUAUUUGUACCAUGAAUUGAUUAACGUGGACCCCGACUUAAACAAGUUGAAAAAUGUAUUCGGGUGUUACCAUUUAGUGGUCAAUUGUACGGAAUAUGUACUGUACUGUGCAAUC